AUGGAGUGUAUUCCAACUCUAUAUCCUUCUGCGGAAGAGUUCAUGGAACCCAUAACUUACCUAUCACAGCCGCAAGUUUACAGAUUAGGCCAUACUUUUGGAAUGAUAAAGAUAGUACCGCCCGAAGAAUUUAAACCUCCUUUAUCAAUCAAUGAAGACACAUUCAGGUUUCGGACGAGAUUACAGACGCUUCAUGAGUUGAAUAUACUAAAUCGCGCAAGAUUAUUUUUCAUGAAGCAAGUUAAUAAUUUCAAUUUAGCAGGGAGGAAAAAGAAGUCGGCACAGCUAGCAAAACCAUACGCAGAAAAUGAGGGCACCCGAGUCUUUUACUAUGAUCUUUUUAUCCAAGUGGUGAAAUAUUUCAGCAAGACUUCAGAUGAUGAUAACCUUUCGUCUCGUAAGAGGUCCCGUUCAAGAACGAUGAAUGCGACGACAGAUAGGUCCGCUCAAAUUUUGAUGAAGCCACUUCGUGAUAUUAUUAGCGAUAACAAAAUGUGGAAAUCUGUUUCAAAGACUUUAAACUGUCCAGCUCAUUAUGCCCGGGAGCUAUUUGAAGAACAUAUAUCAACGUAUUACAAUUUUCUUCAAAGGGAAAGUGAGCGAUUUGGAAACGAUUCGGCCUUUCUCUCUAGCUUAAUUUACAAUGAAGAAUACCCCGCAUCCUUAUUGAACGAUAAUUAUGCCCAAGAAGAAAGUGAGGAAGGAGUGGAAGAUGAUGAGGAAGAAGAAGGAUGCGUUAUUUGCGAUCGUAAUACCCACCGUUCUAAAACAAUUCUCUGCGAUUCUUGCGAUAGGCCAUUUCAUCUCUUUUGUUUGAAUCCGCCCUUGGUUGAUGUCCCGAAGGGCAAGUGGGUAUGCAACAACUGUAUUGUUGGUAAUGGCUAUUAUGGUUUUCAGGAAGAUGAUAGCCAUUAUUCCAGGCAGCAGUUCAAACAAAUGUGCCGCGAUUUUGAUUCUAAAUUCUGGGCAAAGGGAGAAAAACCAAAAGAUAUAUACGAGCUAGAGUGCAUGUUUUGGGAGAGAGUGGAUAAUAUCGACCUUCCGUGUACUGUUAAGUAUGGCGCAGAUAUCCACAACGAGGCUCCUGGUGAGGUAACUGGAUUUCCUACCAAAGACUAUGUACCGCCAACGAUAUGUGCUAGUCCUGAAAGUCUCAACGAAUAUGGUUGGUAUACACAGCAUCCAAUGAACUUAAUCAACUUACCUUACGCAAAAGGAUCACUACUUGCAUUAUUUGGAAGAAGAAUCUCUGGAAUGACUGUCCCAUGGAUUUAUAUUGGCUCUACUUUUUCCACUUUUUGCUGGCAUCUUGAGGAUCAGUAUACCCUGAGUGCCAAUUAUCAGCAUGAAGGGGAUCCAAAAGUGUGGUACAGCAUACCCGAACAUGGAUGCGAGAAGUUCAAUCACUUAAUGCAACAAAUUGCUCCCGAUUUGUUCGAAAAGCAACCAGACCUCUUGCAUCAACUUGUUACUUUGAUUGCUCCAUACGAUAAACGCUUCCAGGAAGCGAAUAUUCCGUGCUAUAAAGCUAUACAACAUCCCGGCGAGUACAUCGUUACGUUCCCGAAAUGCUAUCAUUCCGGCUUUAACACUGGCUACAAUUUUAACGAAGCUGUCAACUUUACUAUAAAUUUAUGGCUACCAUACGGUGUUGAGGCUACUCAUGAUUAUGUUAGAAGCAGAAAACAAUGUGUAUUUGACAUGUGGGAGCUAAUGUUGAAUAUUUUGGUAGAGUAUCUUAGAGAAUCAAAGAAAUUCGACGAAGCACUUGUUCGAAGAUGUUAUUCGGAAAUUUUGGAAGUUUUCAAUUCUGAAUUGAAGAUCGUUGACUAUUUAUCGCAUGUUCUGAGCACUGAACGCUUGGCCACCGGAGUUGUAAGACAGCACAUGGAUGAUAAAACUGAAGUUAACUUGAAAAUUACAGUUGACCGUGAUGUAAAUGGUUACAGCAAUAAUGAUAGUAGCACUGAUGAUAGCGAUGAUGAAGGCGAUGAUGACAUUUUCUGUUCUCAGUGUAAAACAAUUUGUCCUUUUGCAUUCAUAGUACAUUAUAAAAAUUCGAGACUCAAUAAGAGAAGACACUUGCAAGAGGUUACGCCGAGUCAAUGGAACAAAAUGUCACAAAGAGGUGAUCUCUCGAUUUAUUGUUUAAAAGACUACAUGGAAGUAAUAGAAAAGGCGGACACUACAGCUGAAUUAGAUACUAGUCUUCACUCGCUUAAAAAUUUUACGGGUGACGAGCUGUACUAUAUAAGGAAGCCAGAUGAAAUCAAGGAGAUACUGAAAAAGGCGCAAUUCAAAAUAGAUAGUUUAAAAAGGUAG